AUGACUAGAAAGAAGGUAACCCUCGCCUACAUUACCAAUGAUUCGGAGAGGAAAGCUUCAUACAAGAAGCGAAAGAAGGGUCUGAUUAAGAAGGUGAGCGAGCUGAGCACCCUCUGUGGUGUGGAUGCUUGCCUCAUCAUCUACAGCCCUUAUGACCCCGUGCCGGUGGUGUGGCCGACGCCUGUUGAUGCUCAGAACAUCCUGGCCCGCUUCCGCAAGCUCUCCAUCAUGGACCAGAGCCGGAAGAUGGUAAACCAGGAGAGCUUCACUCGCCAGCGGAUCAAGAAGGCAACGGAGCAGCUCCGCCGCCUCCAGAAGGACAACACCUGCCGCGAGCUAGAAGCCUUCAUGUUCCGAUGCAUCCUCGGCCAAGCCUCCCUUCACGACCUCCAAUUCCAUGACCUCUCGGAGAUGGGCUGGGUCAUCACCCAGACGCUCCGAGAGAUCAAAGCCAGGAUGGAGGCGAUGGCGGCAGAGCACCAGCGCAAUCAGACUGUUCUGCCGCCGCUGCCUCCACUCCUGCCGCCGCCGCCUAUGUUGGUGUUGCCUACUCCUCCUCCUCCGGCGGUGGAAGAGGCUCCACCGCGGUUGGAGGAUGAUGGGAUGGAGAGCUUCCCUUGGAACCUGGUCCAGAGCCCGGGAGGAGGAGGCGAUAUGGAGGGAACCGGGCUCGGGUGGGAUCCCGGGAUGGUGUUGCCGUUUCCCUACAUUUUCGGCCCGUCUAGCUCUUCUCAAUCCGGCCCGAAUCCAAAUCCAAACCCUAACCCUAACCCUAACCCUAACCCAAACCCUAAUCCUAAUUCUAAUCCUAACACUUUCAACCAGUGA